UCAGUGGUCAAAACUCAAACAGUAGAAAGUAGAAACACAAACAAAGUUAUAAUCUGUAUUUGUAUGGAUAGAACUUGUAAAUUAUAAUACAGUGAUGGUUUUUAAUAUAAAUUGAAAUUUGAAUCUCAGAAAUUCCUACCAUGCCUCAGCGUUGUGCAGUACCAAUGUGUAACGAGAAAACAGGAGGUCAUAAAUUUCCACGCGAUAAAGAACUCCUGAAGAAAUGGCUUACAGCAGUUCGUCGAGACAAUCACAUUCCAACUAGACACUGUCGAGUAUGUAAAAAACACUUUACUGAUGACGAUUUUGAAUUUGCCAUAUCUGCAGUUGAAGAGUAUGCUCGUCCAAGAUUAAAAAAGGAUGCUGUUCCCAGUAGAUUUCCUUGGAAUGAAGUUGCAUAUGACAUCUUAUACAAAAAGAACAAAAGAACAGUUGACCGCAUGAUGGAAAGAGAUUUAUUGAAGAACAGACUGGAAAACAUCAAAAAGUCGAACAAUGAACAAUUCUUGGAGAGUCUACCAGAACUACCAGAUGACUUACUGGACACAAAUGGUCUGCCAAAUAUUGAUCUAGCUAAGCGUUUAACUGAAAUUGAUGAUAUAGAUGAAUUAAUUUGAAUAAUUUAGAAUACGAUGAAACCUAUACAGAGUUUCGAAACCAAAUAUAUAUGUGAUUUAGAAUUAAUAGUAUGUUCAAUAUAUUUAAGCAUAUACUAAUUUAUGACACCAAUAUGCUUUAUGCUCAAAUAUUAUAUUGACAUUCUGAUGUUACUUCCUAUUUAACAUUAUUUAACUAUGGAAUAGUUGUUGAAAAACCUUUUCUAUAAUAAUACUUAUUUAUUUGUGUAAUAGAUUUUCCUGUGUAAUAAGUAAGGUAACUAAUACUCUCUUACUAUCAUUAUUCUCCAUAAAAAACCUUUUAUAUAAAGCUAGUCAAUUUUUUAGAGUAAAAUAAUUAUUUUAUUCACUCUGUUAUAAUUACGAAUAUUUAUUAGUCUUAUUAUUGUAUGACUUGUGUUAAUAGGGUAGUAAGUGAAACAUAAUGAGUUUUUCACUAAUGCACUACACCAGUUUAAAUAGAUCUCAAUUUAAUUACAUUUUCAUUGUAUUACAUUUCAAAAUAUACUGGAAAUGCUAUUCGUUUUUCAUUAUGCUAGGCCAUUUAAUAAUCAGGGUGAUUCUUAUUUAUUUUUGUAUGAAACCAAUCCUCUUUAUGAUGUGAUAUUAAAUUUGAUUUGUCUUUUUAUAAGCAUUUAUUUUAAUGAAACAGGUUUAACUUAUUAAGUACUUUGUCGUUUAUUUAUUUUGAUAUAAAUUUGUUAAUAAUCACAGGUGACAUUUUGUUAUUUUGUUUUUAAAAAGACUGUGCAAUAAUAUUUUAUAUGUAAUAUUUACACUCAUUCCUGUAUAAGUUGUGAAACUACUAAAAAUAAUAGUAACUUUGAAAAUUUGUGAAA